CAAAGCCUCUAGCAAACUGUUCUAAAUCAUAUGAACAAUCAUUCCACUUCCCCUUGACUCACCAAAACAACCAAACCAAGAAUAGUGCAUGAGAGUGUCUAAAAGAGAUUGUUGCUCGCAUUUACACCCCAUCUCCUCCUUCUCCUUCUCCUUCUCCUUCUCCAUCACCAACCGGACCUCUCCGCCCACAACCGCUUCUCCUCUCAUCCUGACCCACCCGAUUUCUCGCCGUCGAUUUCAACAACACCAACCAUAAUCAAGUCUCCAUCGACUUCAAUUCCGAUCCCACCUCGCAGGGAAUCGAUUCCAAUUGUUCACUUCUUCAGCUCUUUUUGGUUAGUUCUGUACUGCUAAAACGACGCAGUGUUGAAAGCGCUUUUUGUUUUUUUUUCCUCUUACCUCGAAGCUGUUCUGGUGAGUAGAUCACGGGAAAACCUUCAAAUUACGCACCAUCGAUUGCAAGACAUCUUUCAUCUAAAUGUGCAAGCUUGAAAGACAAAGGAGUGGAACUGAAAUAUGAUGUCUACUACACCUGAUUCAACAUGCCAGAAGAUGGAAUGUCUGUGGAACAAGAUUUAUGUAGCACAGAACAAUUAGGUGUUGUCAUAUAAUAGACUUUAUCCUGUGGGCCAAUCUGAAACUAAAUAGCCUAUUCCAAUGGAUCAUAGGUUGGCUGGUGGUAAUUCUUCUCCACCUCGACCCAGAUGGAGAAAAGUAGCAUAUGGUGGCAUGCAACCUGGAUAUGAUGACAAUUAUACUGAUGAAUCUUUCCUUGAAGGAAUGGUCAUGAAUGCCAGUGUUGUAAAAAGGGACAUGGUAAAGGUGAUGCUGGACUCCGUUUCCAUUUCGGAAUAUUUAUGCAUUGUGGCUCUUGUUGUCUUGGUCUGGGCUCGCACACUUACAUCAACUCUUGAUGAAAAUUCCCUUUUGGUUAUUGAUGUAAGUCUUCUUGUUUCAGGUUUUCUAAUCCUCCUUUUCACUCAAGAAAUGCUUUCCCUUGGUCUUCUCCUUCAUUAUAUCCUCAAUAUCUCAUUUUUCAUAACUGGAUUAUAUGUUUUGGCUCCCAUCUAUCAAACACUCACAAGGUCCAUUAGUUCAGAUUCCAUCUGGGCUGUAACUCUAUCACUUCUCAUGCUUCACCUUUUUCUCCAUGACUAUUCAGAAUCCACUGUCAAAGCCCCAGGGGUUAAGAAGAAUCCUGCAUUGACCAAUUGUAUAUCAGUAAAUGCUUCUGUAGUUGCGUCAGUUUUCAUUGCUUCGCGUCUUCCAUCGAGACUACACGUGUUUGCUAUCAUGUUAUUUUCAUUGCAGGUUUUCCUUUUUGCUCCACUGGUUACUUACUGUAUCAAAAAAUAUUCCUUCACCUUACACCUAUACUUUUCCUUUAGUUUGAUGGCCAUGACCUUAAGCUUUGUGUUCAUGCUGCAUCGCUUGCUUUUUGUGCUGCUGUUAAGUUUGUUGGUUUUUGUCAAUGUGGUGUGUCCUUACUGGCUUAUAAGGAUUCAGGAAUACAAGUUUGAGAUCAAUGGUCCUUGGGAUGAGGCUAAGCUUUGUUUUGAUAUUACUGACUGAAAUCUGAACAUAGUUGAUGACAAAUCAGAGUUCCUUAUGAGAAAUUGUUCUAGUAAUAUGAGUUGAUGGGAAUGUCCUUGCAGUUCAUAUCAGAGGAGGCUAAGAAAAUGACAUUUGUAGUCAUGCUUUUGAAUGGUGAGUAAUGAUGACUUCAAAAUUCUUUGGGUUGAAUGGAAGUACAUUCAGAAUUUAGAGUUCACAACUUCAUGCUGACAAGUAUUCAAUGUUGACACAUUCAAACUACUAGUUAUAAUUUUAUACAACUUUUGUUGCCUUUUUUACAGAUAUGGUGCAGAAGCUUUUGAUAAUUACCAAAUUAGUGUAGAAUUCAAAUUAUUUAUGGAAUUAGAAAGUUGUACUUGAGAAUUUACAA